AUGGGCGAGGACAAUGCCGAGACCCUCGAAGAGCUCCAAGCGAAGAAUGAGGAGCUCCGGGAGAAGUUGCGCGCCAAGGUGUGGACCAUGGCCCUCUCCACCGUUGCCAAGAUGGAGAAGAUGGCCAUGGAGGGUGCUACGCAGACGGAGAAGGUCACUCUCCCCAACCGGAUCGCCGCGCUGGAGCGGGCCAUCUUCGGAGAGUCGGCGUCCGCGACGGACCUGGAGAAGAUGGCGUCCUUAGAGCAGGACUACAAGGAGCUGCAAGACGAUUACGUGGUGCUGUCGGAGGAGUACCAGAUCUUAAAGGAUCGCCCUCCGGUGGUGAUCCAAAAGGAGGACGACAAGUCUGCCUUCCUGGAGGAGCAGAUGAGGAAGAUGCAGGAGCAGUAUCAGGCCAUCCAGCAGAAGCUGAAUAAGCUGCGGGUGGAGCACCUGGAGCUGCAGACCUCGCACGCCCAGAUGGAGCAGGAGCACCAGAAGAUCAAAGACGAUGCCGCCCAGAUGGAGAAGCUGCUCAACGAUAAGCUGGGACAGCUCCAGAAGAUUCACGCCAAGCUGGCGAAGGAGCUGCAGCAGGUGCGCUCGGAGCAGCUCGAGACCACCAAGAAGCUGGCGGAGCUCAAGGAGGACAAGUCCCGGCUGGUGAAAGAGCUGCGGACGCAGCAGGAGACCAGAACUCGGCGCUGGAGCAGCUGCGCCACGACUUCGAGGACCUCCUCGGCAGCUUCCACCGGCUCCAGGAGGGAUCACGAGCAGCUGCAGGAGAAGAGCGACCGCUUCCGCAGCACCAUGACGGAAGGAUGGCGCUCCGAACCGGGUACGCCGAAGCAGCGGAGCGAGAAGAACCUGCUGCCGCCCCUCACGCCCACCGCCCGAGGCCGGAGCGAGGAGCGUGAAAUGAACUCCAGCCAGUCGGAGGGCAAGCUGCCAGGCCUGGUGGACACCAAGGAAGCCCGCUUCCCCACGAGCUUGCUGGAGCCGAGGGGUCCUUUGUCGGUGACCCAUUUGAAGACCCGGAUCAUGGAGAUCAAAGGUCGCGUGCUCUACUGCAACGACAAAUGGCAGGAGUCUUCGGCGCCCCGUCGCAAUACCGUGUCGGUCUACGACGUGGACGCCGACAUCUGGUGA